AGUGCUUCGAGCUUGUACUCUCCAGAUGCAGUUUAGUAUGCUGAAAUUUAGUAGCAAUGUUUAUGUAUUUCUCUAUGAUUUGCAGGAUGGAUCCAGAAAAGGUAGUGCAGAUGUUGAUUGCAUACUGUGAUCCCUCCAAAGAAGCAUAUGAGCCUAUCGCCGAGGAUUGGACAGAUGUUCAAGCGGACAACAACACAAAAGAGGCCGAUGAUAGUUAUCUUUGCAACCCAAUCCCGGAGAGUGAGCAUGUUGGUAUUGAUGAGGAGAAAAUGUAUUUGGAGAAAGAACCUAUACCUCUAAAAUUGGUUCUUUUUUCUGGUAAAGAGAAAGACAAAACCAAUGUUCCUAAGGAUGAUAGCGAGGAUGGGAGCGAGGAGGAGCCUGAAGUAGAGGAGGAGGAGUUGCAUGAGCCAGAUCAUGCCCCAAAUACAGAGUAUGACCAGCAAGACCCUCCAGUGACUGUAGGAUCCACAUAUCCCAAUAUGGAUGUGUUUAAGUUGGCUCUUUCUCAGCAUGCAGUCAAACGUGACUUUGAGUAUAACACAGAGAAGAGCACAAAACAUAGGUUAAGGGCCUAUUGUAAAAGAACAGAUGAAGAUGAUUGCCCAUGGAGGAUACAUGCUUCUACAACAGCCGAUAGGCGUACUGUAAUGGUGAAAAAAAAACCUUUUGACCACGAUUGUUCUAGUACGAAAAGGAAAAAGAAAGUGAAGAACGCAACUAAGUUCUGGAUAUGUGAGAAGGUGAAAGAUUGGCUCAUUGAAGAUGCAACUCUAGGAGCAAUGGAAUUGCGAAAAAAGCUGAAAGAACACUACAAGAUCAAAAUCCACUACAAGAGAGUCUAUAUGGGUAAGCUGCUAGCCUUGAAGCAACUAUAUGGUGAUUGGGAUAGUAGUUUUAACAACUUGUAUAGGUUUAAAGCACAAGUUGAAAGUUGCUGCCCUAAUAGCAUAGUGCAGAUCGACCAUCAUACCAUAAAUGGUAAAAUAAGGUUUAGAAGAAUUUUUGUUGCUCUCAAACCUUGCAUAGAUGGAUUUCUUAGUGGCUGCAGGCCGUAUUUGGCUGUGGACAACACCUUUAUGACAGGCAGAUUCAAGGGGCAAUUGGCUAGUGCUACUGCAGUGGAUGGCCAUAAUUGGAUGUAUCCAGUUUGUUUUGGAAUUUUUGACUCUGAAACAAAUGAAAAUUGGAUCUGGUUCAUGCAAUUGCUAAGACAGGCCAUAGGAUCACCAACAGGUUUAGCCAUAUGCACUGAUGCUGGCCAAGCAGUGAUGACAGGGGUAAAAGAAGUGUUCCCGGAGGCAGAACAUAGAGAAUGUAUGUUCCACUUGGUGAGCAACUUCAAGAAGAAGUUUACUGGAAAAGUAUUUGAUGACCACCUAUGGGCAGCUGCUUACUCAUGGAACCCAUAUAUAUUUGACAAGAGUUGGGCUGCAAUGGAGGCAGUAAAGCCAGCCGCAACAACAUAUAUUAGGAAGUGGCACAAUAGGUUGUGGUCUAGGAGUCAGUUCUCGACCAUAUGCAAGGUGGACUAUGUAACCAACAACUUGGCGGAGUGCUUUAACAAUUGGAUCAAGCACCACAAGUCAUUGAACUUGGACGAUUUCUUGGACAAGGCGAGGUAG